GAAUCUAAUUUAAGACGGUGCGAUGGAUUUAAUUCACGAAGCGAUGGACGAAAUCGAGAAGAAAACUUGCGUCAGAUUCCAGCGACUGAAAUCUGAUCAUGGUGUCAAAAACUUUGUUCAUUUCACAGCGACGAAUCCUCUUGGAGGGUGCUGGUCUUCGGUUGGCAUGGACACGAGGAGAAGUCAAGUGAUGAAUUUGCAAAAACCCGAGUGCUGGGACAAGGGCGUGAUUUUGCACGAACUGGUCCACAACAUCGGCUUUUACCAUGAACACCAAAGACCAGACAGAGACAACUAUAUUGAUGUUCUUUAUAGAAAUGUCAGGCCAGACAUAGAGGCGCAUCAGUUCUCGAAAUUCCCACCGCACAAAGUGGUCGACACCGGGAUCCCCUACGACCUGGACUCCAUCAUGCACUACGACACCCAUGCCUUUGGGAUCGUCGACGAAACAGGUCAUCCCCUGCCUACGAUCCUCCAGAAGCCGCCGAACCAGGCCCAGAUGAUCCUCCCGAUCUGGGCCCGACCUUAUUUGUCCCCACUGGACGCCGCCGAAAUUAAUCACAUCUACGCUGGAGAGUGUCGCAAACGAGCCGAUUUGGAAGCCAAGGGCCUCUUGUAAAUGUUAUAUUAUAUACGCAUUUCCCGCUAUUAUUAUUAUUUUCCGAUCGUCUGGCCCGAUUGUAGCGUUUAAAUCGACCGAUUUAUCGAAAAUACCCCCAGUUUACUGCGUGUAUAUGUAGAGCUCCGAGGAAUCAGACUGAAUAUAACCCCAGCAGAGGGGCAAAACACUUUGUUAAAUUUUCCUCGUAUUUUUUUCCAUCAGGUAUAUUUCGAUUUUGUUUAUUCUGCUUAUUUGGGCUGAUUUUAGAGCUUCAGAAAAUUGAGUAAAAGUUUUAUUGGCAUUCAGCAGAAAUGGAACCCGCUGAUUCCAGAGUUUCAGAAAAUCCAAGGCAAAAGAGCCGUUUUGGAAGCUGAAAGCCUUUUGUAAAUGUUAAAAUACGUAAACAUUAAAUUUAUUAUUAUUUCCUGCAGCAGGAAUCCGAUUAUCUGGGCUGAUUGUUGCGUUCAAAUUGACCGGUAUAUCGAAAAUACACCCAAUAUGCUGCGAAUAACUCGAAGUACCCAAACUAAAUGGAACCCCAGGGGUAAAAAAAAAAAACUUCGUGAAAUUUCCCUCCUCUAUAUUUUUCUUCAUGUCUUUUUAGAGGUUUUUUGAAAAAAUUCUGCAUAUUCGGGUUGAUUUCAGGGCAUCAGAAAAUGCGGUAUAAUAUACCCAGACAAACGAGCCAAUUUGGAAGCUAAAAGCCUCUUGUAAAUCUUUUAAUUUGUACAUAUUUUAUUUAUUAUUAAUUCCUACAGCAGAACUGCAAUUAUCGGCGUUAAAUUUAGCAUUUAAACUUACCGAUGUAUCAAAAAUACACCCAAUGUACUGCGUAGAACUCGGAGUACCCAAACUAAAUGGAACCCCAUUGGGAAAAAAAAAAUUCCCCUCCUCUAUUUUUUCUUCCGGUCUUUUUCGAGUUUUUUAAAAAUUCUGUAUAUUCGUGAUGAUUUCAGAGUUUCAAAAAAUCUAGUAGAACUCCCAGUAUUCAACAGAAGUGGAACCCAAGAAAACUCUUUCGAAAAAGUCCUUGUGUUUCACUGGAAAAUUUCAAUUACCCCAGCUGUCUAUCGAGUGGUUUAAUGCAGAUAAUAAAGUACCGCUGAAGGAUGAUUAACUUGAUCAAGGACCAGGUGUACUAUUUCCGCGAAAAAAAUAAAAAAAAACUAGUCGAUAAAAUUCGGAGUUCUUAAAAUUGACUGGGACCAUGAAGGUCUUUUGUUUUAAAGUUCCCGUGUACGUGUUUUACGGUGGAAAUUCGAUUAUCCGGGUUGAUUAAUGUGUGUUUUCAACCAGGUAUAAUAAAUGGAUACCGUGGAAUUUCCAUUUUCCAGAUAAUUAAUGAUAGACAGGUUUGCUUUGCCUGGAGGAUUGGAAAAAUAAAAUAUACUGCGAGGAUAGAAUUCGAUUUAUACAAAUUGAAUGUGUCUCCAAAUGUCUGUAAUCAAUUUAAGCUUGUUUCCCGCGUCUUUUCCAAAAUAAAUCUAAUUAUCCGGGCUAAUUACUUGGUGUCCCAAUCCGAACAUUAAAGAAAAUAUACUUGGACUCCGAUUACCCUUGUUUUGCGGGUUUACUUUUCUGCGGUGGGUC